UUCUGAAUCUCUCCAACCGAUUCGGAGGUGUUUACCAUCGACGAUGGAGCUGUUGUUUCGGGUUGUUGGAGAGGCGCUUAAUGUGUGAUUCGGAAGAGAUUUUUGCAGAUCGGUUUUUGUCCGAAUGAUGUGGACUACAAAUGUAUUUUGGACUUGAAACUUUAUUGAAGGUGGAAUUGAGGGAUAUUUUCAAAAUUCAAGUCUCUGUACGCUCAAGGCAUGCGCUACGUACUAUAUUCCUUUUUCUUAACCUAGCUUCCAAGCAUUUACUGAGAAAGAGAAGGAGGCGGCCUUUGAUUUUAGUCAUUUUCAAGGUUUUUGGGAUCUAGGUAGCGGUCUGUAAGCAUGAAAGAGGCAGACAAGGGUGUAAACCCCCAACUUUGGCAUGCCUGUGCUGGUGGGAUGAUUCAAAUGCCUUUGCCGAGUUCGAAUGUCUACUAUUUCCCUCAGGGUCAUGCUGAACAUACACUUACUAAUGUAGAUUUUAGUGGGAUGCCUAGGGUUCCGGCUUUAAUUCUUUGCAGGGUGAUUGAUGUUAAGUUUCUGGCAGACUUGGAAACCGACGAAGUCUAUGCCAAGAUUAGGUUGAUGCCUCUAGGAAACAUUGAUAAUGGUUACAAUGGAGAUGUGGAUGAUGGGGUUUCGGUUGGGACUCGUAACUUGUCUGAGUCUUCAGAGAAACCAUCUUCUUUUGCAAAAACAUUGACUCAGUCUGACGCCAACAAUGGUGGGGGGUUUUCUGUCCCUCGGUAUUGUGCGGAGACGAUAUUUCCUCGUUUGGAUUAUUCAGCUGACCCCCCUGUUCAAACUGUGAUAGCUAAGGAUGUUCAUGGCGAGACUUGGAAGUUUAGGCAUAUCUAUAGGGGGACUCCUAGGAGGCAUCUUCUGACUACUGGAUGGAGUACUUUUGUGAACCAGAAAAAGCUGGUUGCUGGGGAUUCCAUUGUAUUUGUGAGGGCAGAGAAUGGGGAUCUUUGUGUUGGAAUUAGGCGGGCUAAGAGAGGGGGCGCUGGUGGUCCUGAUUCCUCAUCUGGUUGGAAUUCUUAUUCUGGAAGCUCUGCUUCUUUCUAUGGGGGGUUUUCUGCCUAUUUGCGUGACAAUGAGAACAAGUUGAUAAGAAGUGGCAGUAAUAGAAAUAUCAAUUCCAGUGGAAGGGGAAAGGUGAGGCCUGAAGAUGUUAUUGAAGCCACAUCCCUUGCUGCCAAUGGGCAGCCAUUUGAGGUUGCUUAUUACCCACGUGCAAGCACUCCAGAUUUUUGUGUGAAGGCUUCUUCUUUGACUGCUUCAUUGAGCAGUCAGUGGUGUGCUGGAAUGAGGUUCAAAAUGCCAUUUGAAACAGAAGAUUCAUCACGAAUAAGCUGGUUUAUGGGAACAGUAUCUUCUGUUGAAGUUGCUGACCCGUUUCACUGGCCAAAUUCUCCAUGGCGGCUUCUACAGGUCACUUGGGAUGAACCAGAUCUCUUGCAAAAUGUGAAGCGAGUGAGUCCAUGGUUGGUUGAACUGGUGUCAAGUAUGCCAGUCAUUCAUCUGUCACCCUUCUCACCACAGAGAAAGAAGUUACGAUUACCCCAACCCCCAGAUUUACCUCAGGGCGACUAUACUCUUUCGUCCUUUUCAGGCAAUCCCCUUGGGCCAAGCAGUCCUUUCUGUUGUCCACCUGACAACGUUCCUGCAAGCAUUCAGGGAGCCAGGCAUGCUCGAUUUGGGAUCCCAUUAUUGGAUCUCAACGUUACCCACAAACUGCAGUUGGGUCUUUUUCCUUCCAGUCUCAAGCACCUUGAUUCACAUGCUAAAGAUCCUGAUGACAUUAUUGAACAACCCAUGGAUGGCAAAAACGAUGAUAUAUCAUGCUUGCUUACCAUGGGAAGUUCUAGUCUUAAGUUGGACAAAAGUGAUCACAAAGUAAAGGCACCUCUGUUUUUACUAUUUGGUCAACCGAUUCACAUUGAGCAGCAAAUCUCUAGCGACCAAGUUCCAGUGGCAAAACCUUCAUCAAACAGGAAUGCAAAUGAAUUUUUGCAAUCUGGUGAGCAUGGAUUGAAUAGUGGUCAUUGCAAAGUGUUUUUGGAAUCAGAGGAUGUGGGUAGAACUAUUGACCUUUCUGUUCUCGAGUCUUAUGAAGAACUUGAGAAAACACUGGCAAACUUGUUUGGAAUUGAAACAUUUAACAGUUUGCCUCAUGUGCUAUAUAAAGAUUCAACAGGUGAUGUCAAACGAAUUGGUGAUGAACCAUUCAGUGAAUUUGCAAGAAAAGCUAGAAGGCUUACAAUUCCGUUGGAUGCAUGCAACCUUGAUGAUAAAAGAAAAUGGAAUACAAAUCUGCAAACCGGUGAAUAUGGAGUGGAGUCUUCGAACCAGACGGGGCCUAUGACCAUAUUUGCGUAGUAAUGUCGCACUUGACUUUAUUUUGUUAAGACAGUUGCUGGGUUAUGUAGUCAAGAAUGAAAUCCGUGUACCGUCAUAUGUUGUCGUUUUUCCGGUUGGUGUAAAACACUAGAUGAUGACAUGACAUGACAUGGACAUGAUGCCUAAUAUGAAUUUUGGUAAAACAACAUUGCCGUUACAUUUGUCUUGUUAGUUUUAGGUGUCGUCAAAUCAAGAUAACACAAAGGCGUGACGUUGCUUUGCUUUUCUUAUAA